UGGAGGAGCGACGCCUAAGGCACCGCCGCCGGUGACAUGUCUUCGCCGGGUCCCGCGGCAGGAGGGCCCCCCGAACCCGCGUCGCCCGAGACCCGGGCGGCCACGCCAACCAAGCCGUCGCCCUUCUCGGUCGCCUCGCUGCUGGCCGACACCCGGCCCAGCGGACAGAUGAGGUUUACGUCGCCGGCCUUCGCCGCCGGCUUCCUGCACGCGGCUGCGCAGCCGCGCGACCCGGGCUUCUCGUUCCUGCACGCGCCGGCGGCCGGCGGUCACUUCGGCUGGGCCCUGCACGCGACCAGCGGCACGCAGCCCUGCGGACCCUCCUGGUUCGGCCUGGCGCCACACCACACACUGCCCAAGCCGGGCGAGGUGCCUUCGCUGCCGGUCAAGUGUCAACUACGACGCCACAAGAGCAACCGCAAGCCACGGACUCCGUUUACCACGCAGCAACUGCUUGCGCUCGAGCGCAAGUUCCGAGUCAAGCAGUACCUCUCCAUCGCCGAGCGCGCCGAGUUCUCCUCGUCGCUCAACCUCACCGAAACGCAGGUGAAGAUCUGGUUCCAGAACCGGCGCGCCAAGGAGAAGCGGCUCAAGGAGGCCGAGCUCGAGAAACUCCGCAUGGCCAUGCGGCCGCUACUGCCUGGCGCCUUCGGCCUGGGCCUGGCUGCCGCGGGCCCGUUUGGCUCCUCCGCCGGUGCCUCGGGUGCCGUCACCCCCGGCGGCUACGUGCACCCACCGCGGCUGGUGCAGGCGGCACCACCCGCACACCACCCACCGUUCGGCGGCGCCGAGGCCGUGUCGGCUCUGCAGCAGCAGCGUCCCGCGUUAUAGCGGCAGCUCCGUGGAGAUCUAGCACCCUGCCGGCCAGGGUGACAGAGCCACCAUUCUCGAAGACACCGGUCAAGCGCGAGGAAGGACCUCGUUGUAAAUAUGUAAAAAAAGAACUAAUUUUAUCGUAUU